AUGUCGUUCCUUGGUGGCGCAGAGUGUUCCACCGCGGGAAACCCAUUGACUCAGUUCACGAAGCAUGUCCAAGAUGACAAGUCCCUACAGAGAGACCGAAUGGUUGGGCGUAACCCCGGCAUGCAGGAGGGUAUGCGCUCACAGGGUAUGAUGGGUGGUCCUGACCAGAUGAUGGACGAGUUUGCUCAGCAAUCCGCUCAAUUCCCCGGCGGGCCACAGCAGCAUAUGAGGAUGGAGAUGGAGCAAGUGAGGCACCAAUUAGAGCAGAUGCACACGACACCCCGAACAGGCUCGCCAGGGUGGGCUGCGGAGUUUGAUCCUGGUGAGCAGGCCCGCAUGGAGGCGGCUUUUGCCGGGCCCAAGGGCCCGAUGAUGAACAAUGGGUCGGGAUUUACGCCGGCUGAAUUCGCCCGGUUCCAGCAGCAGAAUACUAUGGGCGUUCCACAAUCAGCGAGUCCAGCCACCGCCGGCCAGUCGUCGAUGAUGAGUGGCGGUUACCAGCGGCCUAUGGGGAGUAUGGGCUACAUGGGCUAUGGCGGCGGGAUGGGGAUGAUGCAGCCUGGUUAUGGCCCCAUGGGUAUGCAACAACAGCACCAGCAGCCGGCUGAGGCUGCUACACAAGAUAAGGGGAAGGGACGGAUGAUCGAGCUCGACGACGAGAACUGGGAGGCUCAGUUUCAGCAGAUAGAGACGGCAGAUCAGGGGCAGGUGGACGAUGAGGCUAACGCGGCCAUAGAGUCGGAAUUGAACGAUCUUGACAGGAAAUUGGCGGAGGGCGAGGCUGAUUUCAAUAUUAACGAUAAUUUACACAUGGGCGAUAUGGGCGAGUGGGACGGGUUUGAUAACCUCAAUACUCGGUUCCGGGAACCUCGAUUGGGCGACUACUCAUUCGAGCAAGAGAACGUCUUCCGCGACGUAGCCAAUCCGUUCGAAGAGGGCAUGAAGAUUAUGCAAGAGGGUGGCAAUCUUUCUCUAGCAGCUUUGGCAUUUGAGGCCGCGGUGCAGAAAGACCCUCAGCAUGUGAAAGCCUGGACUAUGCUGGGAACUGCCCAGGCCCAGAACGAGAAGGAACUCCCCGCUAUUCGGGCCUUGGAGCAGGCUCUCAAGGCCGAUCCGAACAAUCUAGAUGCCCUGAUGGGCCUCGCUGUCUCAUACACAAACGAAGGUUACGACUCCACAGCUUAUCGCACACUUGAGCGAUGGCUCUCCGUCAAGUAUCCUCAGAUUAUCAACCCCGAUAAUCUAUCUUCCGACGCCGACCUAGGUUUCACUGACCGCCAGAUUCUCCACGAGCGUGUCACGGACUUUUUCAUCCAGGCAGCCCAAUUAUCGCCAUCGGGGGCCCAAAUGGACCCUGAUGUACAAGUUGGCCUUGGAGUUCUUUUCUACUGCGCAGAAGAAUACGAAAAAGCUGUCGACUGCUUCACAACGGCACUAGCAAGCACAGAGUCCGGAACAACGAACCAGAGGGAGCAGCUCCACCUCCUCUGGAACCGUCUCGGAGCCACCCUGGCUAACUCUGGCCGAUCAGAGGAGGCCAUUGAGGCCUACGAACAGGCACUGACCAUCAACCCGAACUUCGUUCGAGCACGGUACAACUUGGGUGUGUCAUGCAUUAACAUCGGCUGUUACCCUGAAGCUGCACAACAUCUGCUGGGUGCCUUGUCAAUGCAUCGCGUAGUCGAAGAAGAAGGAAAAGAGCGCGCUCGGGAGAUUGUGGGCGGCAACGAUGGUAGCAUUAACGAGGCCGAACUCAACCGCAUGAUUACCGCGAACCAGAGCACCAACCUCUACGACACCUUGCGGCGCGUUUUCAGUCAAAUGGGCCGACGGGAUUUGGCAGACACGGUCGAGGCCGGAAUGGAUGUCAAUGUUUUCCGAAGGGAGUUUGAAUUCUAA